AUGAGUGGCACCUUGUGGCAACCUGUCAGGUGGCACCGUGUGGCAACCUGUCCUUGGUGGCACCUUGUGGCAGCCUGUCCUUGGUGGCACCUUGUGGCAAGCCUGUCCUUGGUGGCACCUUGUGGCAACCUGUCCUUCGUGGCACCUUAUGGCAACCUGUCCUUGGUGCUUGGUAGCAACCUGUCCUUGGUGGCACCUUGUGGCAACUGUCUUUGGUGGCACCUUAUGGCAACCUGUCCUUGGUGGCACCUUAUGGCAACCUGUCCUUCGUGGCACCUUAUGGCAACCUGUCUUGGUGGCAACUUCUGCUACGGCAUCAGAAACCUUGUGUUGAUGACUCUUAAGGCAACAGUCGUCGGGGUACACGCCUUCAUGUACGCUGCCAGAGAGAAUAAGCCAGCUUUCGUCGAUCGCCCUAUAGAGUUUGGCUGUAACCUGAACGAAAAGAACAAGGAGGGGUAUGCAGCGGUUCACCUGGCGUCACUCUACAGCAGGGAGGAGACGAUCCGGCACCUGGUACAGAAGAAGGCAGAUAUCAAUGCUACAGGAGGGGUAGGUACUGGUUAUAACGUGGUGGGGCGUCUUGUAUGGUUACCCCGCCUCACUCACCGCCCCUCCCCACUCCGUCCCCUGGUUCAUCGACUCAGUCCACACCAACAAACAACUAUCCAUAUGGUUUGUGAACGGGCGCAAACGGCACGGAGGUUCAUGGGCAAGGCGCCGCUCGACAAACGGUCCUCCAACAUCAGUAACGAUGACAAGCGUGCAUCUAACACCACUCUCGGCGACCCUCGGGAACAGACGGCGGCUCACCUGGUCGCUAAUCGGAGCACCGGAGCAGCAGUGGCCCUCAUCAAGACAGUACUGAUGCACGCAAAACAGGACCUUAGGCUCGUCAAGGAUAGCCGCGGUGACAUCCCUCUGUUCCUGGCGGUGGAGGCGAGUCAUCAGGGCCUGGUGAGGGAACUGGUCUUUCAUCACGGUGGGGACCAGGUCAAGGCCAUACGGGGUCACACCAGGGACACUGCUCUCCACAUCGCCUGCAGGAAGAAGGACACUGACAUGGUUAAGAUCCUAGUCGAAGCGGGAUCCAACACAGAUGUCCAAAAUGCGGCGGGACAGACGCCUCUACACAUCGCUGCCGAGGAAGGAGAUGAACCUACCGUCAAGUUCUUCUAUACAGUUCACGCCAACCCUAACAUAAUGGACAAGUUCGACCGCACCCCUAUCCACGUGGCGGCGGAGAAUGGCUUCACCCCAGUGGUCGACCUCUUGGCUGAGAAGUACAAGGCGUCAGUUAUGGAUCGGACUAAAGAUGGCUCCACCCUGGUCCAUAUUGCCUCCCUCCAUGGCCACCCAGACACCGUCAUGGCCUUCCUCAGAAAAGGUGUGCCGCUACACAUGCCCAACAAGAGCGGGGCUCGUUGUAUCCACACAGCGGCCCAGCGAGGGCACGUCGGGGUAGUGAACGCUAUACUGCACAAGGGGGAACACGUCGAUGUUACCACCAACCUGUUAAGGCAGGAAGCAGCAAUAGUUGAGGCGUUGUUGGAGUCACGAACAAACCUCACCAUGUGUGCAAGGUCAGUGCCACUCCUCACCAGGAGUCGUGCCACUCUCUCACCAGGUCAGGCUGCUCUCACCAGGUCAGUGCCACUCUCACCAGGCGGAUCAUCUAGGGAGUCAGCGCUUCACCUCUCCGCCAGGGUGCAGGACGGAGAGAAGUGUGCCGAGAUGCUGCUGAAGUCUGGGGCUGACGCUAACCUGCCCAAGGAUGACGGCCAGACGCCCCUCCACCUGGCGGCCUACUACGGCAACCUAAAGACCUUGAAGCUCUUGUUGGAGGAUGACAGUGCUAAGCCGCUCCUUCAGUCUAAGACGGCUCUUCACCUGGCGUGCUCGUCGUGCAGGGUUGAAGCAGCCAAGAUGCUCAUUGACCACGUUAUUAAGACGAGUGGGAAGGAAGCGGUGGUCAAGAUGGUCAAUGCCAAGAAUAACCUGGGGGAAUCAGCGCUGCACUACGCUGGCCGCAUCAACAAGAAGAACGCCACCUACAAGGCUGGUGAAGACCGCGAAAUUACAAAUCUUCUCCUGACCAAUGGGGCUCACCUCAUGGUCGUGACUAGCAAGGAGACGGAGAGCAAGAGACCAGUGACUUAUUAUACCCAACUCAAAGAACAUUUACCACACAACUCAGAGACGCCCGUACAUUACGUGGCUACAUCAGGCAACGAGGCUGUGCUUGAUGAGAUGCUACAGUUCGCCCCUCAAGACAAGAUCCAGAAGUUGGUAAACAUGCAGUCGUCACGUGGUUGGUCGCCUCUACUCAACGCAGCAGAGAACGGCCAUGAAGGAAUCGUCUCCACCUUACUCGACCAUCACGCCAGGGUCGACGUGUUCGACAGUGAGGGCAAAGCAGCGCUCCACCUGGCGGCAGAACAUGGUUAUAAGUUGGUGAUCGACGCCCUGCUCACCCACAAGGCCUUCGUCAACGCCCGCAGCAUGUCGGGGCUGACGGCGCUCCAUCUGGCGGCUAUGAAGGGCUUCAACGACCUGGUGCGGUCCCUCAUCACCAAAAGCCACGCACAGAAGGAGGCGCUGACACUGACGAAACAAACGCCACUACACCUGGCGGCGGAGGAGGGACAACUGGAGGUCUGUGAUACCCUCCUGCAGCUGGGAGCAGACUAUGACGCCACUAACGACGGAGGGCAGAAGGCCGUCCACGUCGCCGCCAUGAGGAACAACUCUGAGGUGGUGAAGCUCUUCCUUAAGACUUCUCCUGAGUUGGUCACCACCGCUGACAAGGACGGGAACACGUGUGCACAUAUCGCAGCGCUACAGGGGUCAGUGGACGUGGUGAGAGAGCUGAUGCGACACAACAGAGGUGUGGUCAUCAACGGCAAGAACCGCGUCGGGGAGUCCACGACCCUCCACCUGGCUGCUGAGGGAGGCCACGCCACCCUCGUUAAGUUCCUCAUAGAGAACGGCGCCUCACCCAAGGCUGAGAAUGGCAUGGGGUUCACGGCGGUACACAUGGCUGCCAGGUACGGUCAUAUCCAGGUCCUCGACACUCUCAAGGAGGUCACGAGUCUUCGGAUCACCAGUAAGAAACUCGGCCUCUACGCCCUCCACAUCGCAGCCUACUACGGACAGACAGAGAUCGUACGGGAGCUCCUAUCCCAUAUACCUGCUACCAUCAAGUCCGACCCGCCCAUAUUGAGCGGUGGGCGGCCGUUCCUACCAGACCUAGGGGCGGAGGCCGAUCUGACGCCCUUACAUCUAGCCGCCCACGAGGGUAAUGAAGGAGUAGUUAGGAUCCUCUUCAACAUUCCAGGAGUCCAGCCUGACGUCACCUCCAGACUGAACGGAUACAUACCGCUUCACCUGGCGUGUAUCGGAGGCCAUACAUCUGUCGUGGGUCUACUGCUGUCCAAAUCUACCAAGCAGGUGGCCAAGAUGGACAAGCGUGGGAGGACUGGCCUUCACCUAGCAGCUAUGCAUGGCCACUAUCAUCUGGUGGCCCUCCUCAUGGGCCAGGGAGCUGAACUAGGAGCCAAGGAUCGUGAUGGCUUGGGGCCCCUCCACUACUGCGCACGGGCGGGACAUCUAGAGGUGGUGAAGCUGUUGGUGGAGGCUGGAGCGUCACCAGAGGACAAGUCAGUGGAGGGCAAGACGCCAAUUACCUUCGCCGUCUCUAGUGAACAUGUCGACGUUUACAACUACCUCAUUAACAAGAAGCAUGACUCUUAUAAACUACUGGAGGAUAAGAAGUAUGUCCACGACCUGACGCUGAUGAGCAAGAAACACAACCAUUCGCCCUUAGAGGAAUUCAUCUUGCUGUCUCCUGCACCUGUUGACCUGGCCACCAAGCUCGCCCACACCCUCCUCAUCCUCUCUGACAAGGUAGGUGAGAGAGAGAGAGAGAGA